UCAGAUGGCACCAGUUAAUCAAAUUUGCAGCUUAUUUUUUAUUUAAAGCACUGAAAAGAGCGACAGCUGUAAUGACCACAAACUUAAUCAGUGCACCUUCCUUCUGUCUGUCUUUCCUUUAAACGGCAAAACAACAGGAUCAUUUUUUUUUUCCUCAGCGUGCGUAAAAGUGCCAAGGAGGUGCGGCCAUGGGGGGGGAAAAACCCCGGAAAAAGUUCCUCCCAAACUAAAGUUGCUGUUAAAUCGUGGUGUAGACGCACAUAUGGAAUACCUGCAGUAAUGUUCAACACACAGCAACCUGCAACAGUCUGAAUCUGCAUGCUUCACACCAUGUACUGGAAAGAUGAGCAGACGCUUUCCUGCCCCGGCGUGGACGACUUCAGCUCGGGAACCGAGAGUAAAAGCUCAACUCAAGACCUGUUGGAAGAAAUGUCGUGUCCGUCGUCUUCGGUCUCGUCGCCCACCGUCUCUUCUCCUCAUGCCAUGUCUGAGAAAGCCAUCUGCACCAGCUGUGGCAUGGAAAUUGUAGACAAAUACCUGCUCAAGGUAAACGACAUGUGCUGGCACGUGCGCUGUCUCUCGUGCAGCGUGUGUCAGACGUCACUCGGCCGCCACAUCAGCUGCUAUAUCAAAGAAAAAGAAAUCUUCUGUAAACUCGACUAUUUCAGGAAAUACGGGACCCGCUGUGCUCACUGCGGGAGGAACAUCCACUCCAACGACUGGGUUCGCCGAGCCAAAGGGAACACCUACCAUCUGGCCUGCUUCGCCUGCUUCUCCUGCAAACGCCAGCUGUCUACAGGAGAAGAGUUUGCUCUGGUGGAUGAGAGAGUGCUCUGCCGUGUGCACUAUGACCGCAUGCUGGACAACCUGAAGCGUGCCGUGGAAAAUGGUAAAGGAGUGAAUGUAGAAGGAGCUGUACCUUCAGAACAGGAAGUAAACCAGCCCAAACCAGCCAAGAGAGCGCGGACGAGCUUCACGGCCGACCAGCUGCAGGUAAUGCAGGCUCAGUUUGCUCAGGACAACAACCCAGAUGCACAGACGCUGCAGAAGCUGGCUGAACGAACCGGACUCAGCCGCAGAGUUAUUCAGGUUUGGUUUCAGAACUGCCGAGCGCGUCAUAAGAAGCACGUGAGCCCGAACCACUCAUCCACGGCGCCGGUGUCGUCCCUGCAGCCGGGUCGACUGUCCCCGCCUCUGAUGGAGGAGCUGCAGUACACGGCGUUCACUCCGGUCGACACGCCCAUGCUCACCACCCUGCACUCGUACAUGGACGGUCAGUUUAACCCUGUUCAGUCCCCGACGUCGCUGAUGUUCCAGCCUCUCCUGCCCCACUCCAUGACACAGCUGCCCAUCAGCCACGCCUGAGACAAAUCCCGCCCACUGCACCAUGUCAACCAAUCAGGUCAGAGUCUAGAGGAAAAGCAUGAGGAACUUUUCGGUGCUCUGUGGACCGCGUCUUGCACCAUAAGUGUUCUAUACUUUUUCAUGAGCGUUUACUGAAGGAUGGUCCAAGAAAACAAAAGCUUUCAAUGUUAUUGUGAACGGCUGAAGUUUUUUUUUGUUUGUUUGUUUAAUAUAUAAAUAUCUAUAUAUGAAAAAACGGUUGUAUACAAUCACAUUUAAUUUAUUUGUUGUAUGUGACUGAGCACUUUGUUUUGAAAUAAAUCUAUGAUGGAAGUCUUGGGUUCAGUUUUUUUCAGCUGCUUUUGUUUAUUUUUGGUAAUUAUUCUUUUUUUUUGUGGAAGUUGAACAAAAUGCCAAUAAAAUGUUCGAUGCUUA